AUGUCUCGUUAUUCGGUUCCAGAACGACUUUUGAUUGCAUUUGAAUCGUGUCUUCCGUCGUGGUUCCGCCAAGAACGUAGUGCUCCAGAAAAAUUUCAAUCUUCUGAAAAUGCUGAAUUCGCUUCCGAGAAUAGUGGAUCUCCUCCAUCGGAUUCCCCUAGGAAUGCACUGGAUACAAACGAGAUUGGAGAAGCACCCUCUACAAAUUCGAAUGUGCCUGGUGCGACUACAGUAUCUUCUGAUGUAGUUGAAGGAGAAGAAGAGCAGUUGCAAGAAGUUGUCAAAAAUUUAACCGAAAAAGAAGCAGAAUACGAAGAUGAAUACGAAGAAGAGAAAGAGGAAGAAGAAGCAGAAGAAGCUCUAAAAUACAAUGAAGAUGUCACACGAGAUGCAACUUCAACAUUAAAACCUGCGGUACGAAAAGAGAUAGAAAAGCUGAAAGAGGCAAAAUGCAAGGAUUACUGUCACCAUAACGCCACGUGUCAUGUAGAAGUGAUAUUCCGAGACGACCGAGUUUCAGCAGUGGUUCCUUCUUGCCAUUGUCCCCACGGUUGGGAAGGGACUCGGUGUGAUCGUCACUACGUACAGGCGUUUUACGCCCCUAUCAAUGGCAGAUAUAAUGUACGUUUGAUCACGAUGAGCAGCACGGCGCAACUCUUCGUUCAACAGUCUUCAUCCUCGGCCAUUCCCGCUUUCGCCUUUCUUAUCGUCAUGCUGGUCAUGUUCAUUGCUAUUGUUAUUUACGCCUACAGACGUAUGUCCAAGCGAGCAGACGACAUGACCUAUACAAUGAGUCAUAUGUGCCCACCAGAAGCAUUUACCGUUUUGAAAACUCCCAAUGGUCGUCACAUUCCAGUUCACCAGAUGACUUCGUGCCCUGCUUCUGCUUCUACGGCAUUACCACCAACUCCUCAUCCAUCUUCAGCUUCUGGAGGAUCGAGAAUACCAAUGAGACAACAGGCGAUUCGAAACAAUGCCGAUCAAGCUAGAAACAACUUUUUCAGCAUUCUCAGAAGUCAGGGAACUAUUCCAUCGAGGUAUUUAAUUUCUUUGAUUCAGUUUUCCAAAAGAAAUCUUAACGACGACGAUACUCCGAAGCACUACAAAUCGGUGCCACGUGUCGAAGUUUCAGCCAUAAACUAUUCGGGACACAUUGAUUUCUCCACUAUAUCUUUUCAGUCGACAGAUUCAGAAGUUUCGAAAGCAUCAAAAACAUGUCCACCACCUACACAUUGUGUUAUUGAUAUAGAACAAGAUUCAGCGGAUACAAACUUUCGAUCUCCCUCUCGGAGUUCCGGAGAACCAGGAUCACCAACAACCUGUGAACCAAUGAUUCCUCAUAUGCAUCUUUAA